AUGAAACCCUUUUUUGCCAUCCUGUCAUCUGCAUUUGAGGCAGAGCACCAAGCAAUCGAGGCUGCAGAGGUGCAGGAGGCGGCUCAAGUAGACAUUGAGGGCGAUGACGACCUGAAUGUUGAGAUUCAUUGCUUCGACGGCCUCAAGGAGAGCCCGCUCCUCCAUGCCAGCGACUUCGAGAUGAUAGUCGGCCUCCUCGAUAGCAAGAGGGCAGAAGGCUUUCGCUCGGAGUGCGCCAGGCUCGUGGCAGACUUCCUUGGCAAGGUCAAGGGACCGAGGGUCGUGGAGGACCUCAAGCAGCUGAUCAUCCACGGGGAGCUAGGCUUGGGCGAGGACAUGAAGAUUAGGAAGACGAGCGAGACCCCACCACGCGUGAGUGUCGUGGACGUCAUCCGCGAGGUGGCCGGGUCUAUCAACCCAUAUCAAAGUUGGGAGAACCUCAAAUCGCAAAAUCCAGAAGUCCUCCAAUCGGUGGAGGACUUCAAAUUUGAGGGCCAUGGCCAGCGCCCAACCGCGGUCAACUGUGCACGAGGCCUGGUGACCAUCAUCAAUCUCCUCGCAAAAAGAACAAUACAUUUAUGA